AAGACAAUGCCAAACCACGAAACUUAUAUUUAAAAAUCGCGUCCUCUUGGCUUAUUCUGUGCAAUUCUCCAUCUCUAGUCUUUACUCACAGAGUCACUCAAAUGGCUUCCGAAACCCCAAAGCCAAAACCCGUUCUACCGUGGAAAACCCGCGUUUCAAUUUCCUUUCUCUCUACCCUAACGGACUAUGCACGCCGUUCUAACGGCACCGUUAACCGCCGUCUCAUGAACUUCCUCGAUCGCAAAUCCCAACCUAACGCCAAACCCGUUAACGGUGUUUCCACCCAAGACGUCACCGUCGACGCCAAACGGAACCUCUGGUUCCGAAUCUUUAACCCCGCAGCCGCCUCCGGCGGCGGCCUCCCCGUCGUUAUUUUCUUCCACGGCGGCGGCUUCGCGUUCCUCUCGCCGGAUUCGUUUGCCUACGACGCCGUCUGCCGGCGGUUCUGCCGGCGAGUCCCCGCCGUCGUCGUCUCCGUCAACUACCGCCUCGCGCCGGAGCACCGGUACCCUUCGCAAUACGACGACGGUGAGGACAUCCUCAGAUUCCUCGACGAGAACCGCGCGGUGCUGCCGGAAAAUGCUGACGUAUCAAAAUGCUUCCUCGCCGGCGACAGCGCCGGCGCGAACCUGGCACACAAUGUAGCGGUUCGGGUUGCCAAGUCGGGUCCGCUCCGGGAAGUUCGGGUUGUGGGGUUGGUAUCGAUCCAACCGUGGUUUGGCGGGGAGGCACGGACCGCGGCGGAGGUGAAGUUCGAGGGGGCGCCGCUGGUGUCAACGGCAAGGACGGACUGGCUGUGGAAGGCGUUUUUGCCAGACGGGUCGGACCGUGACCACGGGGCUUCGAAUGUGAGCGGGCCGAAUUCUGAGGAUUUGUCGGGUUUGAAUUACCCGGAUACCCUUGUGUUUGUGGGUGGGUUUGACCCAUUGCAAGAUUGGCAAAAGAAGUAUUGUGAGUGGUUGAAGAAAUCAGGGAAAAAGGCUCAAUUGAUUGAGUAUUCAACUAUGAUUCAUGCAUUUUAUAUAUUUCCUGAAUUGCCCGAGUCAUCUCAGUUGAUCUCAGAGGUUAAGGAUUUCAUCACCAAGAGAAUUUCCGAUUUAAAAUCAAAUAUGUAAUAAGUUCAUGUUGGAGUCAAGUGUAAGGCUAUGCAAGUUCUUGUUUCAAGUCUUCUAGAAAAAAUAAAAAAGGUACUAAGUAUUAGACUAUUAUUAGUAUUAGUAAAAUUUUAUCAUUACUUAGUUUACUAUAGAAAUAAUUAAGGUUUUUCGUCAAAAAAAGAAGAAACUAUUAAGGUGUGUUUUCUUUUGCGUGUGAAUGGGAUUUGAAUGUUACAUGAUUUUUUUUUUAAGAUUCA